AUGAGGCCAGCGUUGCUGGCAUGGGCGCUUGCAGCCACCUUCUCGAUAUCACUCGCAGCACCGCCGGUUCCAGCAAAAGGCGGCGUGGUUCUAUCCGACGAUGCGCUCUCAGGGGAGUCUCCCGCCGAUGGAGGGGAGGGUUCGGAUUACACAGUUUUCAACGGUGUUGAGGUGCCUCCCAUGAAAGAAAUCCAGGGCGACAAGUUCGCCGACACAAUAAAGGAGGGUUACUGGUGGGUUAAACAUUAUUCACCAUAUUGCGGGCAUUGCAAGGCCAUCGCCCCUGUUUGGCAAACAUUAUACGAGUUUUACGUGACCUCAGAUCCUCUGGAAGGGCGCACUAAGGAUGGCCAGCCAGACCUGUCUUCGCCUAACAGUUUCCACGGAUAUUACAACUUUCAUUUCGCUUCCAUCAAUUGUAUCGCCUACGGAGAUGUGUGCGGGAAGAACGGGGUGAAAGCAUGGCCAUCAUUCUUGUUGUUCAAGGAUGGCGAACUCGUCGAGCGGUAUUCUGGGGAUCGGACAAUGGAGGCUUUCAGCCACUAUGUGGAGGAAAAGCUAGAACAAAUCAAGCCGGGAUCGCGGCCAAGAGAGGGAGUCAAAGUCCCCAAACCCGGCGCAAAAGGUGUCGAUCGCACUGCCAGUCCAGAGAAGCCUCUUGCUAAAGACAAGGACUCCGCUGCUGGAGUUGCGGCCGGCGAAAAGCAAAACAAAGAAGCUGCGGCGAUGUCGACCGAGACAACCUCAGCAAUGUUGGCGUCCGAGACUGCCAAGUUGGGCAGGCCGAAGAAUGCAAAGAGCGGUUCUGCGCCGAAUGCGAAAGGCAUGUCAGUUCCUUUGACUGCAGAGUCCUUCCAGAAACUGGUCACUACGUCUCAGGAUCCAUGGUUUAUCAAGUUCUACGUGCCGUGGUGUUCCCACUGCCAGCAUCUAGCUCCCACCUGGGCCGAGAUGGCGAAAGAAAUGGAGGGAAAGCUCAACAUUGGCGAAGUCAAUUGUGAACAGUCAUCCCGACUGUGCAAAGACGCCAAGGUCAACGCUUAUCCCACCAUCUACUUUUUCCGAGGGGGCGAGCGUGUCGAGUAUGAAGGUCUCCGGGGGCUCGGCGAUCUACUGUCCUUUGCCAACAAGGCUUUGGAUAGCGAUGUCAAAUAUGUCGAUGCCGCUGCAUUUAAGGAAAUGGAGGAAACGGAAGAGGUCAUCUUUGUCUACUUCUUUGACGAUGCCACAACUUCUGAAGACUUUGCCGCUCUGGACCGAUUGACUCUGAGCUUGAUCGGACACGCAAAGAUCGUUAAGACCGACUCGGAAAUCCUGGCCAACCGAUUCAAAAUUUCAACCUGGCCAAGGUUGCUGGUGUCUCGAGACGGAAGGCCUACCUAUUAUAACGCCCUUGCACCAAAGGACAUGAGAGAUUUCCGAAAAGUCUUGACCUGGAUGCAGUCCGUCUGGUUGCCAAUCGUCCCGGAACUCACCGCUGCAAAUGCGAAGGAACUCAUGGCCGGCAAAUAUGUCGUCCUGGGGAUUUUGUCAAGGGAGCGACCAGAUCAAUUCAUGCAAUCAAGGCGGGAAUUGAAGAAUGCCGCUUUAGAAUGGAUGGACAAGCAGACUCAAACGUUCCAGCUCGAACGACAAGAACUCCGUGAUUCGAAGCAGCUACGGAUCGAGGAGGCCGAAGAUCGCAACGAUCAGCGAGCGCUUCGACAAGCGAAGAGUAUUGUCAUCAGCAUCACCGAGGAGAACUUUCGCAAAGGGGUCGGCUUUGCCUGGGUCGACGGUGUCUUCUGGGAGCGUUGGUUGAGAUCGACGUAUGGAGUGGACGUGUCGAAGGGUGAGAGGGUGAUCAUCAACGAUGAAGACAACCGCCGGUACUGGGAUGUCACCGAUUCAGGUGCCUAUAUCAUGCCCUCCCGAACCUCCAUUCUCGAGACUCUGCCUCGAAUCGUCGCCAACCCGCCCAAGCUCACGCCCAAAUCCACCAUCGGCACAUUUGAGAACAUUUUCUUCCAGAUCCGCAACUUCGGGACGUAUCACCCCUACUUCUCGUUCGGGAUCUUGAUCCUCUCCGUCUUUGCACUGUUGUAUGUCCUUAAGAACGGCACCACGAUCAAGAAGAGCUUGAGCCGGAAUAGCAGUGGUUACUUCCAUCUUGAGGGGAAGGAAGGGCUGCUAGGCAUGACCAACGGCAAGGCAGAUUGA